AUAAAACCCCCAGGUUCCUGAAAGAGCAUUCACAGCUUUGCAGCCUGAGGUUUGCUCUUAAACACAGAGCGCCUGGAUUACAGUUUUAACAUGUUGCUGGCUGUAGCGGUUCUGUGCAGCAUAGUGCUAUGGACACACUCGUACAACUCCACUGAUAUUCUGCCCCAGCCGGAUUUCGAACUGGAACAGUUUGCAGGUGAAUGGUAUCGUGUUGGCUUGGCUUAUGACCACCCAUUUGUUAUUAAAUACAAAAAGAACUUUCUGCUCUCAAGAGGCAAUCUGAUCCCUAAUGAAGAUGGAGGAGCCAACCUUACCAUGUGGUCAAUGAACAGCCAAAAGACUUGCGAUGUAAGUUUUUAUGUCUAUGAGAAAACGGAGCUUCCUGGAGCUUUUACUUAUUUCAGUCAAAGGCACAAGAUUGAAAAGGACAUUACAGUGGUAGAAACUAAUUACACUGACUAUGGGGUCGUCCUGAAAUACAAGAAUAUAAACAAAGAAUACACUCAGCUGGCUCUCUAUGGGCGAAAGCCAGAAGUCAGGCCGGAGGUGGUAGAAAAAUUCCGAUCAUUUGCCUUGUCUAUUGGGUUUCCUGAGGAGGCCAUCAUUACACCAACCAUUCUGGACCCAUGUCCUCUUCCAGAGCCAAGGUAAGGAUGUAAUAUGACGGAACUGCUGGACUAGAAGAGUCUUCCUUUCUUUGGUCAUCAUUCCAGUUGAUCUUUUUAGGAUUGUAGUAGUUUAAAUAGGACUGUUAUCCAAAUUCUUUUGGUGCUUGUCAUUAUUUUCUAAUCAUGUUUAUUCCUCUUAUGUACAGUAAAUACUAAGUAAUAACAGACUGAAGCAGUUAUAUACUGUUAAUUCUGUAAAGUUAUACUUGUGGAAUUUCUUAUUUGCUAUAAUCAUUUACAAAUAGUAAAAAAAAAAAAAAAAAAAAAA